AUGGGUCGCAAUACAGAAACUAGAACUGAACGACUUUCGGUGUUGGCUCAGUGCAACGCUCCAGUUCUGCAACUGCUAGUUGAUCAGAAACACAAGGUUCUCCUCGUCAUAACCAAGGAAAACAUGUUGAUUGAGUUCAAAUUCAAUGACGAACAUGGCCUCAGCGUAACUGAACUACUUACACUGAAAUUACCGUCUCAGCUAAAUGAUAAGCCUAGUUUCAGCUGGGCUGGUGAAAUGACACUCGCGAUGUCACUGGGUGAAAAUGUCGUCCGUUUGUGGGAUAUUGCUAAGUCAGACAAUUAUACACUUUCUCCAAAUGUUCAAUCAAAUCCAUCUCGAAAAAAAGCAGUCAUUAUCGGAAAGUUGGCAUACUGCUCCGAAUAUCAACUUUUGGCCGCUGGUUUGAACGAUGGACAAGUCGCUCUCUGGAAGCGAACUGAUAGACGGCGCAGCCAAAAGAUGUCGAUUUUAGAUUGUGAUCAACAAAGUCUCUUUUCAGCAACUGGUUCUCAAACUGUAGAGACGGGUUCUAACAUUGUCGAACCAGAAUCUUGUUGGAAGGCACAAUUACCAAUUGACUUGCUAAGCAAUCACGCUGAUGAGCAUCUCCGAGAGACCGAUGCUGAUAUUUCUGUCAAAAUCCUUUCAUGGGACCCUGUCAGGGGAACCCUGGCUGCCUGUUAUGGGGUAUCAAACUCUGAUGAUCAAACUGCCGGUGAACUCGGAGAAGAGGGGAGUGAGCCUCGCGUUUUUUCGGCCUUUAUUCUCCACCAACAACCACUCUGUGCUAAUCUUGGUGGCGGCGGAAGUGCUCUAGUCCAGAUCUCACCUCAGUGUCUGGCAGUCUUUUCCUCCAACCAGACGCAGUUCGCUAAACCGGCUGGACUUGACCUCGUCUCGAUGCGAAACACACUGCCUUCAGGGUCGUCCGUUGCAUCCAGCUUUGCUGAACCCGUAGAGUCUACUGAGAGCAAAAUUUACGUUGAGGAACAGCUACGGGCUGCAUUUUGCACUGCGGAACUUGUUGCUGUUUGGAACGGCCGGCAGGUGCAGGUUUACAAGCACGGCUUUUCACAGGACAUUUCUCCGUUUUCCGCAUUCAUUUGCGAGUUUGAGCUCAUUGGGGUUCACGGGCAAUGCAUUUUGACCAAGGAGGAGCACAAAAUCCAGGUCAGAAGCGUUCAGGGAACGGUUAAACAAUUAAUCAAUUUUACGGAAACUGAGGGUCUGAUUUCACUAACUUCAGUCUGCAACGGCUUCCUGGCCUGUCUUACGGAAUCUGGCUUUCUAAGAACAGAAGUCAGACAAAUGAAUUUGUCGAAAAUGAUUAGCAGCGUUCUCCCGCCAGCCAUUAGCUCCGGUUUGGCUAACGGAGAUUCUCAGCCGCCGCGGCUGCACGUCUCGUGGCUGUCGGUAAACAAUAACGCAUCGGCUGUCGCCUUCAGUUUGCUCAAAGCCCCAACCUCUGCUCCCUUCGGCUCUUCAACGACGAACGGGAACAUUAAACUGCAGUCCAAUGAGAAAUCUACCGCCUGUGUAGCGCCUCAGCCGGACUGGAGGCUUUUUGUUUGGCAAAUCGAUUCAGACCGUGUGCAAGUUUUCGACUUUGCCACCGGGGAGUGCACGCCUCUGCAAAGUAGUCGUGAAACGCAAAACGAGGAGGGAGCAGACGCACGAGAAUGUGAAAACAAGCCACCUUCAAACAUUGCACAGGCAUCCUCAGAAGUAGUUCGCGAUCACUACCCCAUACGACACUACUGGGACCUCUAUGACCCGCGUCUGUUGGUUGUGGAGGCCGCACGGUUGCCUCACGAAGCCUGCCCCGUCCCGUUGGCUGGCGUGGAGGCUGGCACAGCCACUGCAACCACCAGCACCACUGACGCCUCAUCGCUGGACGAGACCUUUGAAACCACUAACGACUCUCACCGGCAGCACAAACGACCACUUUCCCGAAUUUCAGCUAAUUCAAAUUCUGAGUGUUUCAGUUCUGGCCCGAUGAAGCCCUCUGAAAUGGCCACAUCACGGAAUAUAGUCGUCUCCUUUUUUGUCAGUCCGGAACAAAACUGCAUGAUUGUUCAGGAGUCCUUCCAUCUUUCCUCUCACCACGCAUCGCUGAUUGGCGUCGAAGUGCCGUAUUUCUACUUUUCUGUUGAGCCCGAUUUUGCACGAUCCCAGGCCGUCGAUGUGCAGACAAACAUGGGCAUAAGAGAAACCGGCGAGGCGAGUCUUGUGCCGACCAGGGAUGAUGAGGAUGGCGGCGGCGACGGGGACAAAUCCGCCUUGGUGUCGCACCACCUGAGUCGUCACGUGAUGCGCGACUUCCAUGGCCUGGAGGGCGCUGACUCGAUGACACGCGAGGCCAUUCUCAAUUUCAGCUUUUACCUCGCCCAAGGCGAGAUGGACACGGCCUUCAAGUCUAUGAAGCUGAUUCGCAGCACCGCCGUAUGGCAGAAUAUGGCCAAAAUGUGUGUCAGCACACGACGGUUAGACGUGGGGUUGGUGUGUCUGGGCAAAAUGGGCAAUGCGUUUGGCGCUGCGAUGGUGCGGCAAGCGCUCAAAUCUGAAAGCAGUCUCAUCGCUCAGACCGGAGAGCUGGCACUUCAACUGGGCAUGACGACCGAAGCCGAACGUUUGUUUAUUGAAUGCGGGCGUUGGGACUUGGUGGUGCGGCUCCAUCGGUGCUUGGGCCACUGGGAGGAGGCUAUUCAGGUGGCGGAGAAGCAUAAUCGCGUGCGUCUGAGAAAUACGCACUACGCCUAUGCAAUGGAGUUGAAAAAACAGGACCACAUUAAUGAUGCUGCCAACCACUUCAUCCAAUCCAACACGCACCUUGUCGAGGUGCCACGAAUGCUCAGAGAUUCGCCAGAAAAGCUGGAAGAAUUCAUAAAGGCUCAUCCUAACAGGGAGCUCCAACGUUGGUGGGCACAAAGCCUAGAAGCUGAGGGACUGCUGGAGGAGGCUGAGGUCUACUACACACUCGCGAAGGACUACCUUUCCCUCGUACGGAUUUACUGUUGUCUUAAUCGUGAAGACGCCGCCCUGGCGUUGUGUAAUGAAACGGGCGAUGCCGCUGCUUGCUACCAUUUAGCACGUCAAUUAGAGGCAAAGAAGAACGUUGACCAUGCCAUUCAUCUUUACACGCGCGCACGGGCUUACUCCUGCGCCAUACGACUGUGCAGGGAAUACAAUAGAAACGAGCAUCUUUAUAGUCUUGCACAAUUGGCGGCGCCGGAUGACAUGCUUGAUGCAGCUCGUUACUUGGAGAGGCAACCAGGCUUUGAGGAGAAGGCGAUUCUGCUUUAUCAGAGGGGGGGCCAGCUAAACAGGGCGAUUAAUCUGGCUUUCCAGACACGCCAGUACAAUGCCCUUUCUAGCAUCUCCUACUGCAUUGACGCCAACUGUGAUCCAGAUCUUUUGCGGAAAUGUGCAAACUUUUUCCUGCAAAACAGUCAGUUUGAAAAGGCUGUUGAAAUUCUAGCCAUUGGACAGAAGUGGGCGGAGGCGGUACAACUUUGUUCUGAUUAUGACGUUACAAUAACUGAUGACCUGGCUGAGAAACUGACGCCACCCCCUGAGGCAACCUCGGUUGACCGGAACGAGGUGCUCACGCGCCUAGGAUACCACUGUCUCACUCAGGGACACUACCACCUGGCUUGUAAAAAGUUCACGCAAGCGGGCGACCGUGUCAGUGCGAUGAAGGCUCUGCUGCGCUCCGGUGACACCGAGAAGAUCAUCUUCUUUGCCAACGUGAGCAAACAAAAGGAUAUCUACAUAAUGGCUGCCAACUACUUGCAGACACUAGAUACGUGGCGGACAAAGACCGACAUCGUCCGGCUAAUUGUCCAAUUUUACACACGAGGAAAAGCACUCGAUUCACUCGCCUCGUUUUACGAGGCUUGUGCUCAGAUGGAAAUCGAGGAAUUUCACAGCUACGAAAAGGCCAUGGGCGCUCUUACCGAAGCCUACAAAGCGAUGUCUAGGGCUGCUGCACAUGCAGCCGAUGCCACAGACAUGAAAAUUGAUCCCCGUCUAGAGCAACGACUCAUCACCAUCAAGUCAAAGAUUCUGCUGUGCAAGCAGUUUGUGGAAACACAGCUGUUGUUUGAGGAGGAUCCAAUGGAGGCCUUGAGCCAAUUCCAGGCAAUGCUUGAAGAACCCGAAACGUCGAAAAUUAUUCGUCCCGGAGACAUUUAUGCCGCAAUGAUCCGGAAGUUAGUUGAUAAGGAGCACUAUAAGGCUGCCUAUACCUGUCUGCAGGAUAUGCGAGAGAAAUUAGGUGGUCGCGAGGCUGUUUCGCGUUACUUAGACAAGGAAACUCAAGUUGCCAUCUUCCGUGCACUUGAUAUGCCCACGUCAAGGCCCUCAGAUUCUCGAGGAAGUUCAAGCAGUGAGCAAAGAGAGAUGAAUGGUGGGGAAGAUGAAGAGUCUAUUGAGGACAACGUCGAGGCUACAACGGGCAGCGACAAUGACAAUAUUGAUGAUAAAUAUUUGUAG